GCUACCAAGGAGAAACAGUAUUUCCAAAGACACACGCAGAGGAACUAAUUCGCGUUCAGAAAUGAGUACCCACCCCCCUCCGAAUUGCAACUUUUCUGCUUCUCCGACUUGGAUUUGUUAAGUCCCCUCUUGGGACCGGCGCUUUCCCUCGCAGGACCCCACUCCUGGGUCUCCCCUUUCCCAGCUUCCACAUCCCUCCGGGGCUCCCUUGCACCAGUUGCGCGGUUCGGGGCCCAGGAGCCCCUGGCGCAGCCUGCCGCUCCCGAGGCUCCACUUUCACUUUCGGUCUCGAGGCAAAACUGGCGGCCGCAGCGCGAGAGUGAGCCGGUUGUGUCCGAGACCCGCAGGCUAGCAUCCCAAAUCCUUAAGCCUAUGAGGCUGUGCAGUGGUCUGGCCCCUGCCCACCUGUCCAAGGCACGUCUGUCCUCCUGCAUUCUGUGUGCUCCAGGUUCACCGGCCUUUAUCAGGAGCACUUUCCACUGCCUUGGAGCCUGCAGGGUAGCUUGAACAAAGAAGAUGAUAUCUCUGUUCAGCAAAUGGCCACUUGGAAUUUCCUCAUUGCUGAUCCUCUUAAUCGGGUCAACCCCUUCCUGGUGUCAGAGUAGUGAAGCUAUGUCUCCAAAAGCUAGUAAUGCGACACCCUUUCCUUGGAAUGAAAUGAGACUUCCUGAGCACAUCAUCCCAGUUCAUUAUGAUCUCAUGAUCCACGCAAAUCUCUCCACUCUGACUUUCGAGGGGACCACGGCCAUAGACAUCACAGCCAGCCGGCCCACCACUGCCAUCAUCCUGCAUAGUAACCGCCUGCAGAUAUCUAAGGCCACCCUCAGGAAGGGAGCUGGAGCGAGGCAGUCCGAAGAGCCGCUGAGCAUCCUGGAGCACCUGCCUCAUGAGCAAAUCGCACUUGUGGCUCCCGCGCCGCUGACUGCUGGGCUCCCGUACACAGUUGUCAUUGAUUAUGCCGGCAAUCUCUCUGAGAGCUUCCAUGGGUUUUAUAAAAGCACCUACAGAACCAAGGAAGGGGAAGUGAGGGUGCUGGCAUCCACGCAGUUUGAACCCACUGCAGCCCGAAUGGCCUUCCCCUGCUUUGAUGAGCCUGCCUUCAAAGCGAGUUUUUCGAUCAAGAUCAGAAGGGAACCAAAGCAUCUCGCCAUCUCCAAUAUGCCCUUGGUUAAAUCUGUGACUAUUGCCGAAGGACUCAUAGAAGACCAUUUUGAUGUCACUGUCAAGAUGAGCACCUACCUGGUGGCCUUCAUUAUUUCAGAUUUUAAGUCUGUCAGCAAGAUGACCAAGAGCGGAGUCAAGGUUUCCGUGUAUGCUGUGCCCGACAAGAUCAACCAGGCAGAUUACGCGCUGGAUGCUGCGGUGACUCUUCUAGAAUUUUAUGAAGAUUAUUUUAGCAUUCCGUACCCCUUACCCAAACAAGAUCUUGCUGCUGUUCCUGACUUUCAGUCUGGUGCUAUGGAAAACUGGGGACUGACGACGUAUAGGGAGUCCGCUCUGUUGUUUGAUGCUGAAAGGUCUUCCGCAUCCAGUAAGCUCGGCAUCACCAUGACUGUGUCCCAUGAACUCGCCCACCAGUGGUUUGGGAACCUGGUCACUAUGGAAUGGUGGAAUGACCUUUGGCUCAAUGAGGGAUUUGCCAAGUUCAUGGAGUUUGUGUCUGUCCGUGUGACUCAUCCAGAACUGAGAGUUGAAGAUUAUUUCUUUGGCAAGUGUUUUGAUGCAAUGGAGGUAGAUGCCUUAAAUUCCUCACAUCCUGUGUCUACCCCAGUGGAGAAUCCCGCUCAGAUUCGGGAGAUGUUUGAUGAAGUUUCUUAUGAAAAGGGAGCUUGUAUUCUGAAUAUGCUAAGGGAUUAUCUUGGUGCCGAUACAUUUAAAAGUGGUAUCGUGCAUUACCUCCAGAAGUACAGCUAUGAAAACACGAAAAACGAGGACCUGUGGAACAGCAUGGCAAGUAUUUGCCCUUCAGAUACAGAAAUGGUGGAUGGCUUUUGCUCUAGGGCUCAACACUCAUCUUCGUCCUCACACUGGAAACAGGAAGGCCUCGAUGUGAAAGCCAUGAUGAACACCUGGACGCUGCAGCAGGGCUUCCCCCUGGUAACCAUCACCGUGAGAGGGAGGAAGGUGCACAUGAAGCAAGAACGCUACCUGAAAGGACAGGCCGUCGAUGCAGAACCUGGGUACCUGUGGCACGUCCCACUGACGUUCAUUACCAGCAAAUCAGACUCAGCCCACAGAUUUUUGCUGAAGACAAAAACAGAUGUGCUCAUUCUCCCAGAAGAGGUGGAGUGGAUCAAAUUUAAUGUGGGAAUGAAUGGCUAUUACAUUGUGCAUUAUGAGGAUGAUGGAUGGGAUUCUUUGACUGGCCUUUUAAAAGGAACACACACAGCAAUCAGCAGUAAUGAUCGCGCCAGUCUCAUUAACAAUGCAUUUCAACUUGUCAGCAUUGGGAAGCUACCGAUUGAAAAAGCCUUGGAUUUAACCCUGUACCUGAAACACGAAACUGAAAUUAUGCCUGUGUUUCAAGGUUUGAAUGAACUGAUACCUAUGUAUAAAUUAAUGGAGAAACGAGAUAUGAAUGAAGUGGAAACUCAGUUCAAGGCCUUCCUCAUCAGGCUGCUGAGGGACCUCAUCGACAAGCAGACUUGGACUGACGAGGGCUCUGUCUCUGAGCGAAUGCUGAGAAGUCAGCUCCUCCUCCUCGCCUGUGUGCGCAAGUAUCAGCCCUGUGUGCAGAAGGCCGAAGGCUAUUUCGGACAGUGGAAGGAAGCCAAUGGGAAGUUGAGACUGCCCAGCGACGUGACCUUGGCUGUGUUUGCUGUGGGAGCCCAGACCACGGAAGGAUGGGACUUCCUUUAUAGUAAAUAUCAGUCUUCCUUGUCCAGUACCGAGAAAGAACAAAUCGAAUUUGCUCUCUGUGUUAGCCAAGAUAAGCGAAAGCUUCAGUGGCUACUAGACCAAAGUUUUCAAGGGGAUGUAAUAAAAACUCAAGAAUUUCCAAGUAUCCUUAGAGCUAUUGGCAGAAACCCGGUGGGAUAUCCACUGGCCUGGCAGUUUCUGAGGGAGAACUGGAAUAAGCUAGUACAAAAGUUUGAACUUGGCUCAGCUUCCAUAGCCUACAUGGUAAUGGGAACAACAAAUCAAUUCUCCACAAGAGCACGGCUUGAAGAGGUAAAAGGAUUCUUCAGCUCCUUGAAAGAAAAUGGUUCUCAGCUCCGCUGUGUCCAACAAACAAUCGAAACCAUUGAGGAAAACAUACGUUGGAUGGACAAGAACUUCGAUAAAAUCAGAGCGUGGCUCCAAGAUGAAAAGCUGGAACUGCUGUAACAAUUCGUUCCUUGUUGGUCCCUGUGAUUUAUCACCACCCAAAUUCUGUUGGAUGUGAAUGUUUUCACACUGGAGAUGGCUAUUUUGGUCCCCACUGAAUACACUUCCUUUUCCUUCAACUUCUUGCUCACUUGACAAGUCCCAUGAAAAGUCUGCUGUUAAGCUUCAGUCAAUGGCUUAUGGCUGGCGUGUGUUUCAUUUACCGGUGUUGCCCACAGUGUAAACCCAACUGGUGGGUUCCCCACCACCAAGGAGUGAGGUGCCUUAUUCUUCCCCCUUUAUGUCUUAUACCUGAGCCCCACAGUCUCCAAACCCUUCCUCCCCUCAUGUCUGUCAUUCAUAUGCUGUUUUGUCAGCUCCUCGAACACUCUGAACAGUGGAGACUACUGACAGUGACCCCCUGGAUCAGUGAGAAGCCAGGAUGAGGCUGGUCUGCUUCCUACCUUCUCUUCCUUGCUGCACACCAGGGGGGAACGUGUAGGGCCAUGUCACCAGGGUUCCUUGCCCCCUGUCUUGUGGUCAGUGUCCCAGAAGGGCAGAUGGGAGCUGGGGUGGGAGAGAGGAGAUGGGGUGUUUUUCCUAGUUCCCUUGCAGGUUGCCGCAGGUUGGCCUUCACAAAGGUUUUAAAUCUGGAGGAGCAGCCCUCUUUCCCACACGGCCCCCCUCAUCUCUGUUCCAGUAACUGCUUCCUUUCCUCACCCCAUCAGGGUGCAGUGGCAGCCUGCCUAAGGUUUCCAUACAGCCCUGACUCUACCUUUGCUUCAAAACAAAACACCUUUUACAGAACCCUCCUCAGGUAACCCUAAUUUGAGCGUGUCAUCUACUUCCUCAGGGACCCUGACUGUACAGUGUCCCUUCUCAAACAGCAGGUACGUUCAGGUCUAGAGGAGAAACCUGUCAUGUGAAGUUGAACCUGAGAGCCGUUGAUGUUUAUUUAGGUCGGUGGUUCCUCUCCCUGCUUGUUACCUGGUCUCGUUUACAAUUCCAGAAUAUCUCACUGUAGUCUCCGGUAAAUGAUAAUGCACUAUGAAAC